AGAUCCUUCAAGGGUCUGCAAAACGUGCCCCGAUCUCUGUUCCGGCUGCCUAUCUUUCAUCUCUCCGUUCGCUGGCCGAAAGCUUCGCCUGCUCUGCCUUGCAAUCACCACCAUGGCGUACCGCAAUGAAGAAGAUAUAGCUCUCGCUGCAACAUUAAAAGGCGCAUCGACCAGAAAUGGCAGCGGGAACGGUCUGCCGCGCCCAGUGCACCAUCUGCAGCAGCAAUACCAGCAACAGCAAGAUGCACAAGCACUAUACCACCAGCAUUCCACUGCUUCUCAUUCCACCACUGUCUCUGCGCAUGCCUAUGUUACGCCUUCGGCGUCGCCUGAGCAGCAGCAUAUCGCGCUCGGUAAGCGUCAUCGGUCUGACGAUCGGGGCUGGAGCAGACAUACCAGCGAUGCCGGCGGCAGCGCAGGUGACCCAGCGCCCAGAGGUGAAGGAGAGCAGCAACAGCAGUCGUACAAAUUCCCAGCAUCUGCCAUUUUCCGGCGCUGCUCGCCUGUAAAUUCAGCACCGAGCACAGGAGCCGGAAGGUACUGGCACAAUGGUUCGGCAAUAGCAGCACAGCAAUCGGUAUUGCUACCGCACAGUACUACUACCGCAUCUGGGCAGAUGGGUGCGACGGGGGGCAUGAGCUACGAAAGUGAGGACGAAAGUGGUGCAAGCGAGGAGGAGGAAGAACUCUCCCUGCAACAACGGCAGCAGCAAAAGAAACAGUCCCGUUCGCACGAACAGCAGCAGCAGCGCUCUGCCUCUGCUCGAACCAACCCUUCCUCUGGCUCUGGCAACGCGACGAACAAAGUUCAAAAAGCCUGCGUCAAUUGUCGACGUGCAAAGACCCGAUGCGUUAAUGUCGACUCGAAGCCUCCCUGCGAGCGUUGCAAAGUGAUGAAGCAAUUGUGCAAGUUCCGCUUGCGAAGUGAUGAUGAGAAUUGGAGAGACAAGACGGAUGUCAUGCUCGGUAGACUGACUGACGCAGUCGAGGGUUUGCUGUCGCAGCAGCAAGGUACGGGCAUGGUGGUCGGCAUGGCUCCAUCGCAUACUAUUCCGGGGGUGCAUCUGGGCCAUGCGGCGCAAGCUCCGAUCGGCCACCAAGCGGGUAUGUAUUGGCCUCAUCACCCCCAAAAUGCUGCAGGACAUUCCUUUCAAGACUCGGGUUCACAUGACCCGGGCCGCUCGGCCGGGGCCUAUCAUCUCGCAGCAAUGGGUUACCCAUCUUCUGCUUCCCCACAUGCCCUCAACUUCAGUGUAGCGGCAGAAGAAGCGCCGCUCCCUCCCUACACACAUCUCUCACAAAUUGGGCCAAUAACGACGCUCUCUUCCGCACUGGGCAUACACGCAGCCAACCACCGCGUCGUGAGUUUGAGUCAGGAAAUCAAUCACACAGGUGCAGUACCGCCGCCAGGAGCGGCUUCUGGCGCAGCAUCUCUGCCGGCCGCAAUGCCGCUGCGACAGCCCCCCAUCGUCGGCGCCGGCAUCAUGGCAACGCAACUCCCAGGUGCGAGUUCCAAUCACUCUGGGACUGCUCCCCCCGUUGCGGGAGGGGCGGGAGAGAUGGGCGCGCCACCUGCUAGCGAUGGCUUAUCGCAUGGAAAGACGAAUUCCGCAGGCGGCGCUUCGUCAGAUGGUCUUUCCCACCACGAUGGUAUUUCUGCCGUGGAAUCGAAAGUGCUAGAGAGGAGUAGCGGCAGCGCGUCGAUAGCGGUACCUAUCAAUGUCAGGCCUGUCAUGCACCUUCAUCAGCGCUCGGACUCGGCUCCUUCGAAGCAGAACGCUAGUGCUGGUGCUGGUGCAGGGGCAGAUACAAUUGCGCACCGCCCUUCCUCAGCGUCAGCUACAUCUGCCUCAGCGUCUGCGGCAGGCGCUGCUGCUCACGAACCGAGGGUGUUCAUCGAGCCGUCCUACACGCUGGCGCAAGUUUUAAAGAGCGAGACACCUGAGCGUGUCUCAUCGCUCACGUCCACGCGCUGGAUUAUUGGCGGGAAGGCAUGGGAGAACUAUGCCAGGCCCGCCGAGCACGUUGGGAGGGAUGAUCCGAGACUGAAUGCCGUCAGCAUGGGCCUUGUGCCGCUGGAAAGGGCCAGGCAACUGUUCAUAUUUUUCGCGAACCAUCACUUCCCGCACUGUUUCGGUUUCCCAACUUUUCCCGCUUCCGAGAACAUGACCCCAGUGAUCAUCGCGAGCAUUCUCGGCGUCGCCUCGCUCCACAACUCUAGCGCUGCAAAGUACUUUGAGGGGCUCAAGGCUUACAUGAUCUCAGCUGUCAAGCCGGAAGAGGCUGCUUCCCUUGCGGUCGACCAGGAGCUCGAUCCAGAGAUGGGCAUCGGUGUAGAGGAGAUCACGGGUGCCUGUGUGUUCGCCAGCUGGAUUGGCGGCGAGUUAGGAUGGCAGAUGUCGCGCGUUGCGAGGUGGUGGACGCUGGCUUAUCUUCGGCUCUUUUCGAGAAGGAACGAGGCGACACUAGGAGAGGCCCUCAGCAUUUUGCCGCCAUUUCGCAACAUUGACGAGGCGGAUAGACUCAGAGUAUGGCUCAUGGCGUAUGUGUCCGAGGCGCAUUCCUGCUUGAUCAACGAGCGAAAGGGCUUGCUAGAGCGUGAGGAUGCCAAAGAGUACAUGUCCGAGCUCCGGCGUGCGUUGAUGAGGGAGAGGGAGGGGGGCGAUCGCUUGGACGAGACCCGGACUAAAGCCGAAUCAGUAGCUGAAGGCAAGGUGUUCGAAUACGAGCUACCGCCGGCCGAUCGGCAAUUGCUGGCGCACACGGAGCUGGCGCACAUUCUGACACGCGCACAAGACUUGUGCAUGGAUCUGCGCAGUCGCAUCGCGUCUGGAGAACCACGAGUGCAUGCCGCUAGUCGGUUGGAAGGGUGGAUCGCUUCGGCGGAUAUGUUGGUCGCGGAAUGGGAUGGGUGGUUCCACGACUUGGAGCGUUGGCGCUUAGAAGCUGGCUUGUUAGACGACCUAUCUUCUUCGAGCGCGAUUGCAGCUGAUGUGACGAUAUGCUUCCAUCUGUCACGCGCCUUCCUCGGCUCGCUCGCCCUCGAGUACACAAUCUCGCCACAUUUAAUUGGUCAAAGCGGCGCGGUAGGAGCGUCAAAAUUGGAAACGGCGCAAAGCAAGUUGCUGACGGAUGCAAAGAUGAGCGCACUUGUUGCUUGCGACUUGCUGUUGGACGAUAUCGUCGCAUGGACGAGCAGGCUCGCGUAUCUGCCUGCUUUCUAUCACUUUAUGAUUGGACAUGCUGGUGGUCUGCUGCUCCUACUCGUGCAGCGGAAGUGGCGCUUUUUGCUCGCUUCGGAAUCGCGCAAGAUCGUUACAGUCGUCGAGCGGCUGGUGCACGCAUAUAGCUACCAAAUCAGCAUCCACAGCGCAGCACAGUCGAGCGAGUACGUCGCGGCGCAGCAUCCCGCAGAGGAAAAUGUCACGGCUCUUUCGCGAGCCCUGCUCGCGAUCAAGACCCGGAGUAGCAACUGCAGGCAGUAAAGAUAGCGAUGGUGACUUGCUCUGUCGUUGCAAAUUGAUGUAGCAUUGCACAUAGACUAUUUAUUGGGCUUGCAACUAUAU